CUCUGCGACUCAGUCGAACAUUUGCCGCAAUCUAUUUAUCUGAACCGUUUCCUCAAUCUGUAUCUCACACGCAAUGGACACCGCGUCGCACCUUAGCGUGAUCGUAGACUUGUCGCCAACUCAAUGGUAUCUCUCCUCAAAGACUGCAGAUGCCAAUCCAUAUCCGCUAUCUCUGGAUACCUUUUUCUCACAACUAUUUGUGUUCCUGAACUCGCAUAUCGCCUGCAAAGAUGAGAAUACGCUUACUGUGUAUGGUGCGUUGCCGGGACGCAGCAUCCUUCUCUACUCAUCAACAGGUGAAGCAAAAGCCGACCAGGAUGUUGUGGCGGAUGCGAACACGUACAGGCCGUUCAAUGUGCUGGAUUCAACUAUCAUGAAGUCGUUAGCGGAUUAUGUACAGCUUUUGGGCGUAUCUGAGACCGAAACACCAAUCGGUCUCGUAGGUGCUCUCACCAAAUCCUUGUGUUACAUCAAUCGCAUUAGCAUGAUUUCCGCGCAAAAUGAACAACACGUCGGACUCGACCCAAGGAUCCUCGUACUGUCUGUCUCACCCGAUCAGUCGUCGUCGUAUAUUCCAAUCAUGAACUCUAUUUUCUCGGCGCAGAAGCUGAAAGUGACGGUAGACGUCUGCAAGAUAUACGGGCCGAACAGCGUUUUCUUACAACAAGCCGCUCAUCUCACUGGCGGCUCAUAUGUCCACCUUGACCACCCAAAUGCUUUGUUACAAUAUCUUACAAUGUCCUUCUUACCGCCACCCGGUAUCCGCCAGCUAUUAUCAGUCCCUACGCAAGAUAAGAUCGACUUCAGGGCCGCAUGUUUUUGUCACAAGCGCAUCGUCGACAUAGGUUUCGUAUGCUCCGUCUGUUUGUCAAUCUUCUGUCAACCAGUCCCUGUGUGUUCCACGUGCCGGACUAAAUUCCCCAUCAAGACCCUGCAGCGCCUGAAUGCAGCUCGGCCGAUGCCAGUUGCAUCGAUGGAUCCGUCUGCUCCUUCACUUCCAUCGUCCACUUCGAUCAGGGUAAAUGCGGCAAACGGGAACGGCGUACGCCUGAACGGCGCACAGCGCUAAUUCUCGACCUGAUGAUAGAACUUCGUGCAGUUGCGUUCUUGGUACAUCGAGGUGCCAUCGCCUAUGAAGAAUCCCUUUGAACUAAGCGAUACCGUUGCCUGUUAAGUGUAUGGAAAAUUUAAUGUCCACAAGGCCCGGUCGUCCAU